AUGGAGGUCAACUCCACAGAAGCCAGCAGCAGCUCCCAGGGAGGCACCGGCUGUCUGGAUCUUACCCCUGUCCCCUUCACUGAAACGAUGACUUUCACAGAAGUGGUGGCAGAAGAGGAGUUGGGAUCCUUUUACUACUCCUUUAAGACAGAGCAGCUGGUGACUCUUUGGAUUCUCUUUAUUGUCACAAUUGCUGGAAAUGCUGUUGUACUCUUCUCUACCUGGAGGAGGAAGAGGAAAUCUCGAAUGACGUACUUUGUUACUCAGCUGGCAAUCACAGAUUCAUUCACAGGACUCAUCAACAUAAUGACUGACAUCAUUUGGCGCUACACCGGAGAUUUUAUGGCCCCUGAUAUCGUUUGCAGGGUCGUUCGCUACUUCCAGGUGGUCCUUCUCUAUGCCUCAACUUACGUCCUUGUGUCACUAAGCAUAGACCGAUAUCAUGCCAUAGUUUAUCCCAUGAAGUUCUUGCAAGGAGAAAGGCAGGCAAAAGUGCUUAUUGGAGUGGCCUGGACCCUCUCUUUCCUGUUUUCCAUACCAACUCUGAUUAUUUUUGGGAAACGGCAGCUCUCCAAUGGGGAAGUGCAGUGCUGGGCUCUCUGGCCUGAUGACUCCUACUGGAUCCCCUACAUGACAGUUGUGGCUUUCCUGGUGUAUUUCAUUCCUCUGAUCAUUAUCAGCAUCAUAUACUCAAUUGUGAUUCGAACCAUCUGGAUGAAGAGCAAAGCUCAGGCUGUCAUCAUAUCCAGCUGUCCUGGUGGCAAAACCUCCAGUGGCUAUACCAGUCGUGGAUUCAUAUCCAGGGCAAAGGUGAAGGCGAUCAAGUACAGCAUUGUAAUUAUCCUUGCAUUUAUUCUCUGUUGGAGCCCUUACUUUCUUUUUGAUAUCCUGGACAACUUCAACAUACUUCCUGAGACCAAAGAGCGCUUUUAUGCAUCUGUGAUUAUUCAGAACCUGCCAGCCUUGAACAGUGCCGUCAACCCCCUCAUCUACUGCUUCUUCAGCAACAGCCUCUGCCCCCCUUCUGAGGAAAGAAGAACUCAAAGGCUGGGGGGGACUUCUCGGGAAAGGAGUGAUGGAGAGCAGGAGAUGCAGGUCCUGUCGAAACCAGAAUACAUCUAGCACAGAUAAUGUUCUGCAAAGCCACACUGACACCUGUACAGAGGAAAAGAGAGGUCCCCCACAAGCCCUGUACACUCUAAAGUGGAUGGCACUGACUGGCAAGAGCCCGCACGUUGUGCUCUAAUAGCAUGUAUAUUUUCGGUGGGCACUGCAGCUUCAUCAAUUGCA